GUGUGAGCUCUCUUUUACACCGCAUGCUCGGUGUUGUUUUUCUCCCAUCCCAUGUUUGACCCUGGCCACUAGUUCCUCCUCACACCCACUCUCUAUAAAGUUCCCAUGCUUUUCUUCACACAGUCUCUUUACCCGGCCACAAAACAAGCGUGAGUGUCUAACUCGCCGAUCUUGAAAAACUUAAAAAAAAUAUAAAAAAUAUAAAAUCCACAAAAUCUUAAUAAAAACAAGGAUACUUAAAGAAAUACAAACGUUUAAAAAAAAACAGCAAAAAUAAUAAUUUAUAAAAAUACGAGAAACAGGCCUUGGGCUUUAAACGAAGUUCGCGUCUUUUAAAGGAAGAAACACUUGAGAUCAUUUUAUAUCGUGAUUUUUCAGGUUUUUUAUUUUUUUUCAACAAGCUGGAUAACAGAGCCAGCUGUCUUUUUGAGCUGAAGGGCACAUCGGACCCGGAAUAGAGCUCACACCAACCGGCUUUUUACUCUGGCGUUUCUGAGGGGAGCCCUGAAUUCAUUUAUAUUGUGAAUUCCAAGUUAUGGACAACACAGCGACGGGGAGUUAUCCGAUGGCUUCUCUUUACGUUGGCGACCUGCACCCCGACAUCACGGAGGCUAUGCUGUAUGAGAAAUUCAGCCCCGCCGGACCGGUGCUCUCCAUUCGGGUCUGCCGUGACAUGAUCACCCGGCGAUCCCUCGGUUACGCCUAUGUGAACUUCUCUCAACCCGCUGAUGCUGAGAGAGCCCUCGACACCAUGAACUUUGAUGUGGUGAAAGGGAAGCCAAUCAGAAUCAUGUGGUCCCAAAGAGACCCCUCACUCAGGAAGUCUGGAGUGGGCAACGUGUUCAUCAAGAACCUUGACAAGUCCAUUGACAACAAAGCCCUGUACGACACCUUCUCUGCCUUUGGCAACAUCCUCUCCUGCAAGGUGGUGUGUGAUGAAAAUGGUUCCAAGGGCUACGCUUUUGUCCAUUUUGAGACCCAGGAUGCUGCUGAUCGUGCCAUCGAGAAGAUGAACGGCAUGCUUCUGAAUGACCGCAAGGUGUUUGUGGGUCGUUUCAAAUCUCGCAAAGAACGGGAGGCUGAACUUGGUGCCAAGGCCAAGGAGUUCACCAAUGUCUACAUCAAGAACUUCGGGGAUGAAAUGAAUGAUGAACGGCUGAAAGAGCUUUUCGAAAAAUAUGGUACAAUUCUCAGCGUGAAGGUGAUGACAGAUCCCACCGGCAAAUGCAGAGGCUUUGGAUUUGUUAGUUUCGAACAACAUGAAGAUGCUAACAAGGCUGUAGAGGACAUGAACGGCACUGAAUAUAAUGGCAAGACAGUGUUUGUGGGCCGGGCUCAGAAGAAGAUGGAGCGGCAGGCGGAGCUCAAGAGGAGGUUUGAGCUGCUGAAACAAGAGAGGAUCAGUCGUUACCAGGGCGUUAAUCUUUACAUUAAGAACCUGGAUGACACCAUAGACGAUGAGAAACUGCGUAAAGAGUUCACUCCAUUCGGGUCUAUCACAAGUGCCAAGGUGAUGCUGGAGGAGGGUCGCUCCAAGGGCUUCGGCUUUGUCUGCUUCUCCUCCCCUGAAGAGGCCACCAAGGCUGUGACUGAGAUGAACGGACGCAUCGUUGGAUCCAAACCCCUCUACGUCGCUCUGGCUCAGCGCAAAGAAGAGCGCAAAGCCCACCUCACCAACCAGUACAUGCAGCGUAUUGCUGGCAUGAGAGCCAUGCCGGCUAAUGCCAUCAUUAAUCAGUUCCAGCCUACCAGUGGAUACUUCAUGCCAGCUGUGCCACAGCAGGCCCAGAAUAGGACUACAUACUAUGCACCAAAUCAGCUGGCCCAAAUGCGACCCAACCCCAGGUGGCAGCAGCAAGGAGGCAGAGGUCAAGGUGGUUUCCAGGGGAUACCCAACUCGCUGCGUCAGCCAGGACCCCGUGCUAACUUGAGACACAUGAGUCCUGGCGGUGGCUCACAGGGUCCAAGAGCCUCUGGCCAGGCCAUGGCUCCUCGUCCCUCGAUGGGAGUCCCCGGCCCCCGCGCCAUGCCUCCUUACAAAUAUGCCACUGGUGUCCGUAACCCCAACCCCCAGGUGGUGCAACCUCUUGCCUUACAGCAGGCUCAGCCGGCUGUGCACGUUCAGGGCCAGGAGCCUCUCACGGCCUCCAUGCUGGCUGCUGCACCCCCACAGGAGCAGAAACAGAUGCUAGGUGAGCGUCUUUUCCCACUGAUUCAGUCCAUGCAUGCCAACCUGGCAGGAAAGAUCACUGGCAUGCUGCUGGAGAUCGACAACUCUGAACUGCUGCAUAUGCUGGAGUCUCAUGAAUCUCUGCGCUCAAAGGUGGAUGAAGCCGUUGCUGUGCUUCAAGCACACCAGGCAAAGAAGGAUGCAACUCAGAAAGUGGGCAGCAUGGCUACUACUGCUGCUGCGGCCACAUCCUAAAGACUGUGUGCUGUACUGAAGUGCGCACAGAGUGCAGAGAUGGGGAGAGACACUCUACACCGACUCCAUACACCUUACUCCUCUGAAGAAUCAUGCAAAAAAUGAAGGAAAAAAAAGGAAAAUGUAAUAAAAAAUAUACUGGAACAUUUUGAAAAAUAUAACGGUUCAUAGUUUUCUAGUUCUGUACAACUUUUAAACUGCAUACCAAAAGCAGAUAUGCAAACAAAUCUUGAAUGAAGGUUCUUCACCUUGUGGCGAAGGAGAGAGACCUUUUUAAAAAAAAAAAGGGAAACGAGCCUUAUUCUUUUGCUUUGCUUGAAAGUUUUAUGUUUGAUUUGAAAUGAUGAACUCCCCCAUCCUAUCAUGUUAUCAUGGGUGUGUGGUAUUCUCAAUAAAAGGAUGACAUAUCAA